AUGAUCGUAAUCCGAAAACCCUAAUAAGCCACGUGCCUUCACACUCAGUAACAGUUAUUUGAAAAAGUAACAAAAGAAUUAUCUCGCAGGGACUUCUUUGCUUUUACACCGACAGCUUGUUAGUCUGGAUUAUUCCCCUUGCCGUUCAAUACAUGUGCUUUUGUUAUAUUGCGGCUUAAUUAACAAAACCCCACAUCCGAAGCGAUAUUUCACUUAUGGCCUCAAUCUACGAAUGUCCUCGGAAUUUUCAAGUUGAGUGUGUUGGAAAGGAAAGCUUAAAACUUUCAGAUGUCAAAAACGAUGACAUUGAACUUUGGUUAAUAAAAUCCCCUGUUGACUUUGAUAUUUCCCGUCUGUCAGGUCACAAGAUAAAAAACAAAUUCAAUAUUCAUUUGGAGGGAAAUGAUAAUAUUAAAUAUGUUGUUAGAAAGAACCAAAAUACAUCAGAGCUAGAUUCAUAUCAAUGUCUUUUUCCACACGAUACAAAAGAAAGUUUCGCUGUAGGUCCCUCACUACAAGGACAGUUGGAUAUUACCAAAGUUCAUAAAAUACCAACUUCUACCGAUGUUCAGAUUCCAACUAAAACUCAACCUCACUUCCCAUCAGGCCUGAAGCAGCGCUAUGUACCAUUUGGCAGUAGUUCACCAAAACAGUUUACCAAAAAGAGAAAGUCUGUUAAAAAAGAUACGGAAAAAUGUGAAGCUGAAAUAAAUGGUUUUGAAGAAGGUAGUACCAAAAAGAAGAAACAUAAAAAAUCAAAGAAAGAACCUGUAGAAUCAGAUGUAUUGAACGAGACAACAGACAGUGUAAUAAUAUUGACACAAGAUGUUGAAACCCCAGUGAAAAAGAAAGGACAUAAAAAGAAGAAGAAGGAAAAGGAAGAUCAAAAUGAAAGUAUUCUGCUUGUUGAUGAUUCUGAGAUACCAAGUGAAUUAUUAAUAAAUGAUUAUCAUCUUGCUGGAGACGGUGAACAGGCUUUCCAGAAAGUUUCUAAACAUAAGAAAAAGAAAAAGAAACAUAAAGAAUCUUUUACAGAAUAAUAAUCACAAUUUACAUGAGAUCCUGGCUGUCCUGUAUGGUAGACUCUGCUGCUGAUACUUCUCUGCCUCCAUUACCAAAACAGGAGAAUUAACAGAGACAAAAGAAGCUACUGGUAGUCUUUGCAUUGAAUAAAACCUUUCUCAGAAUGACCAUGAUGAAGGAAUUUUACAGAAACUGUUUAGAGAGAAAAAAGGCCAAAAUAUGAAUGUUAACUGAGUUUCUGAUGUCUGUCAUGUGACUGCAUAGAGUUGCCAAAGACAACUUUUGGAGAUUAAGUUUUCCGUUAAUGACUGGAACUUUUUAAUUACUAUUCAGUUGGUGGUGGUGAGAAUAUUUUUAAAAAAACGUUUAAAAAUUUUAUUUUCAAAAUUGA